GCCGCCUAGCCGCACACCGAAGACCGGAGCCUGAUGGAGGCUGAAGGCUAUGCCUUUGAGGCAGCUGAGAAGGUGAAGGAGAUCCAAUGUGAGGUGGAAGACCUCCUGCUUCACAUCCGCCGUGCCGCGGACAUCGAAUCCCAGCAUCUUGAAGCGCAACGAGUGGAGCUCCAGAAGCAACAUGCGGAGAGGAUCAAGGACCUGCAAGACGAGGUGAGACGGGUCAGGGAAUCGACUGAUGAGAGUGUCGAGAAGAUUGAAGCAGAGAUGCAACGAGAGCAAUCUCAGAUUGAAGAAGAGGUGCUGCAAAAGUCGGUCGAACGGAGUGAGGCCUUGAAAGCCAUCAAGGAGGAAGUGGAGGAUUUGUCAGCUGUGGCGGAUCAAGAAUACCGAAAGUCCUUGGACAAAGACAAGUUGCGCCAUGAAGAAGCUCGAAAGGCCAUUCUUGACAUGGACAAUCAGCGAUGGAGGACGGUGGAGGAGAUGGACCAAAGCUGCCAAAUGUGGAUCACGGCAUUCAAUCAGAGGCUGGAAGAAACCCAAGCAGAUUUGGCGUACCGAGUAGAACACUUGGUUGGAGAAGCAAGAGCUGCAAGGCUGGGUUUGCACAAGGCCCGCGAGCGGCUUGAUCGCCAAUGGGAAGAUGAACUCACUCAACUGCGGCAAGAAGCUCUAAAGGAGCGCUUUGACGCUGCAAGCACGUUGGACCAAGCUCGAUUGAAGCGAAGAGAGCUGGAAAGCAUGUCCAGGGAGAAAAGUCUGGCCGGCAUUGAAGAGUGCAAGCUGCUCAAACGUGAGCAUUUAUUGACCCUACGGAGGGUUGCGGAUGAGUUGGAUCAGAUGCGGAGGAACAUCGGAUUGCAAGCUCGUGAUCCCAUGCUGGUGCAGAGUCUCAGGGAGCUCAGUUCAAAGAUUCGACAUGGCCAAAUGAAGCAGCAACCACCCAAAAUGAUGGAAAUAACGUGAUCAAUGACAUGAAUGACCUGAAAUGAC